AUGGCUCUGAUCUCUCAAUCUGCCAUACACAUGUGCGAUGACUCUGGAGAUUUUGCGAUUGAGUCCAACGAAGAUACGGAUGUACAUGUCGCAGCUCCUCUCGACAGAUCGCCGGACUUCGUUGUCAACCAGCAAAAAGUCCUCAAAGACUUCGCCCCAUCUUCAGUCCAAUCACAGACACCGAAUUCAUUGCCUCUACGACUGCGCAGGCCGGUCAUACCAUCGACCGUCUGGGAGAGGUUAAGGCCUUUCAUCCACGAUCUGUAUAUCGGCCAGCAGCUAAGCCUAGAUGAAGUGCGACAGAGAAUGAAGGAGCAGCAUAAUUUUGAUGCCACUGAACAAAUGUACAAGAAACGGCUACGGGACUGGGACCUGCGGAAGAACUAUACCCAACCGCAGAAGCUAGAUGCCAUCAAACAGCUGUGCGAAGCCCCAUCCGAGACCUGUGCCAACUUGUCCUUGUAUGUGAAUGGUGUGCCUCUCAAGGAACGUCGGCUAUGGCGCCCUGUCAUGCAGAAAAGGAAGCCUGUCGUCCUUGCUCCUCGACCAUCUACGGUCUGCAGGAAAAAUCCACGUUCGCGGCUCCCAGUACGCCUGCGCACACCUUCACCACAGCGGGUUCAGCUCCAACUCGGUUCUGAGACUCAAAAUAUCGAAUCUUUGCUGGGACAUGCCUCUUCAUAUUAUUCAUGGUAUCUAGUCAAGGGCCCGAUCAAGGCCGAUUAUGGGACUCCCCAGCAGCUUUCUCAAGUUUUCAAUCAGCUGAGGAGGGGCUUUUCUCUUCUUCGCAGAAACGACUCCAUGGCGUUUGGCCUUAUGGAUCAAUCCUGCUCUGGCUUUCAUGCUCUCCUGAAAUCCCAACCGUUUCGGCUGUUACCGGAGGUCAUUUUUACACUCAAAUAUCUUCACCAUAUCGGCAGCAAGUACUGGGAGAUAGGUCUGUCGGUCCUGAGAUUCUUUGCUUCAUUGGCGAACACAACCUUGGGUGGGUCCCAUCCCAUAACCAAUUUCGCGACUCUUCUCCUGAAGAUCGACCAGGAACAUCUGGGUUCAUGCUUGGGACUAUAUGCAGAACUCCUGCUUGACCAAACGAGAUCAGUUCGCGACGACUCUGUCUGUAUGAAAAUACAAUUGACCAUAAUUGACAUUUUUAUAGCGUCCGGCCAAAUUGAUGUCGAAUCUUGCUUGGUUCGACGUCUGUCGUACGCAAUUGACCUCACUAAUUCAGUCCUGACUGCAGAGCGCGAAUGUCUUAUGAACGCGACGGUUAACUUGCCAGCAUAUGAAGGAGAGUACUUGACAGUCGAGAAAUUUCUCAUGCAGAUGCUCAGCAGGAGUAUUGUCGUCAACGGCAAACAGAAUGGCGACUUUCCCAGCAUUUUUGCCUGUGCGUACCUGGAAAAGCUCUACGCUCACAUGAAAUCGCCGGUUGAGAGUGAGAAAUUCUUCCGAUUAGCACUCGAAGGGGCUGUGCAAGACAGCCGCUUUGAAAUUCUGGCCUUGUUAGACAACUGGGAAGAUGUACUUUUGUCUUUCAAAAAGAACAAAGAGGCCGCCCAGCCAGGAUUGACUACCAGCACGUUUGGGCGCCAUUGA